AUGAAGAGUUUUCCCUUCCUUGUCCUUGUAGUGAUCUGUGGCCUGGGAGGAUUGGGGCAGAAGCUGAAGGCAAAGAAAAGGAGCAAUGAUGAAGAAAUCUUUUUUCGGACUAAAACCAAAGACGUUUGCACGAUGAGCAUAAGUGGAGAUGAGGAGAUGAAGCUGAGAAUUGAGUGCAAAAGCCAAGGCAUGUCCUACUGGUGUGAAUUCACUGGCAAGCCAUCAGUCUGUCGUUCUUACAGGAACAAUCCAAAGAUUUACUGGAAUCAGAUUGCCAGGGAACUUAGGAAGCUCCCGCAUGCCUGUGAAUCCACGGAAGUGUUGGAGAUCACCAUGUGCCAAAGGGCUCCCACUGAGGCUUUCAUGAGGCAAAUAGCUGCUGGGAUGGAGGCAGAAGAUCUGGCAGCCCAGGACAGAUCAGUCCAGACAACUUCCACUUCUGUGAGGGGAGCAGGAAAAAGCUCUGUUAGCCAAGUAGGGAAACCUCCAAUAUUACCUCUUGUGAAACCAGCCCAUCACGGGCAAGGGUCUGAAAAAGAAACAGAAGCAAUGAAAUGGGCACGGGAAUAUUGCUGGGAAUCCCUGCAUGAUUUCUGCUCCUACAUUAUUGGCAUCUUUAGAGAUUAA